AUGAACAGGAUGGAAACACUGGACUUGCCAACGCUGAAACUCUCAUCUAUGAAGGAGUGGAAGGAGGAAACAUCACAGUCGAAUGUAAAUUUUAUUUACUAGGAAGUACGACAUUGUUCUGCAAAGACAAAUGUGAAAAAGGAAACGUUCUCAUUGAAACAACUGAUUACACAGCUCAGAGCGGCAGAUACAGCAUUACAUUUGUAAGAAAGAAUGUACUGUCAAAGGAUAUUGUGCACGUGAGCAUCACACAGCUGAACAAGUCUGAUUCAGGAUGGUACAGGUGCACACUGGACAGAACUUUACAACCAUGUGAUUUUCAGCUUGUCAUCACAGGAGCUUCAGACACCUCAACACCUCAUCAGCCUUUAUCAACAUCAACAUUUCUCCUGUCGGCCUCCACAACAACAACAAACUUCCCUUCAGCAAGUUUCGUACCUUCGGCCUCCUCCGAAGUCUCCAGACAGCCUCAAACAGCUGCAGGUUCAGGUUUGUCCUUGGAGCUGGUGAUACGUUUAUCUGUGGUGGUGGUUCUGCUGCCUGUUGUUCUGCUGCUCAUCUACAGAAUCAUGGCCGAGGGCUCUAAUGGUUUGAACAGCAGGAGACACUCAGCAUUUGACCACACUGAGGUGACUUAUCUCAGUUUGUUUUUUCUCUAUGUCAUCUUUUAAAAAUCUGUACGAGACUGGAAAGAAAAUGGCAUGGUCCUGGGUCAUUUUGGCCCAGCGGUUUAAGUUUCCUGUGCUUUUUGUCAUUUUUUGCAUUACGUUAAGGUUAGAUUUCCUACGUCACUCUGUUCAGUAUUCUCCCUGUGUUGUUGCCUUCUGUGUCUCCCCCUGGGUGUCUGCAUUUACAUGGUUGUGUGAGUUCUUGUGACAUCUUGUUUUCCCCAGCCUAUCAUGUCUGCCU